AUGCGACUGCACUGGACGCUGUGCUUGCUUGCGGUGGAAGCUCAGGACCAGCUUUGCUGCUUCUCUGAGAAGGACUUGGAUGUGCUGCGCUUGGGAGAUGAGCAGGAGCCGGUGGUGGUGGUGCGGAACUUCCUGUGCCCCGGGGUGCUGCGGGAGCUGCUGGAUUUAUUGCAACACACCGCCGCCUUCGAAGAGGGCAAGCACUGGGAAGACCCCGGCUUCGCCUUUCCGGGCCCACAGUUCUGGAUGCGGCGGCACUUCCAGCUGCCCAGCUUCUGGCGUCGCCUGCUGCAGGAGCGGCCCCUGUCCCCGCGCAUGGCGCCGCUGCUCUACGACCUAUCAAUCCUCGACGCCUGCCUGGCCAACUUCACGCAGAAAGCGGCAUCGAAGCUCUGGGGCUCGAUGACUCCUUGGCUGGAGCCGUGCGGCGCGCAAGUCCUGCGGCCCAGCUGCGCGGAGGCCAACAUGAUCCGUUUUAGCACCUAUGCCCGGGAGAUGGAGAACACCAUCGUCCAUCUUGACACCUUCGGGGGUGAAGGCACUUGGACGAACUUCGUGUUCAACCUGCACCUCUCCGACGAGUUCGAUGACACAGGCACUGCCUUCUGGAAAGCUCACGGCCUGCCCGUCACAGCACGCCCGCGCACUGGGGAGGCCGAGCACGAGAAUGAUUUCCAGCAGCAGGUGCAGAGGAUGCAGGAGAUGCUGAAUGCAGGGCGUGAGCAGAUGCUAGCCUGGCAACAGCAUGCUGAGUAUCCAGGCGUGAAUGUGCUCAACGACACGGAUCCAACUGGACGCCUGCAACUCCUUGGCUACGUGCCCUUUCGCUUGAACACGGCGGUGAUCUGGCGAUCGGAUCUUCUUCACUCUCCCGCCCUUACGGUCGCUGCGCAGAAGCGGCUCAGCGCUGACUUUCUGCGCUCGCGCACGCUGCUGCAGGCUUUUCUGGGCACUCACCCGCUACGGCGCCGCAACUCGCAAGAGCCGUUGAGCUGGCGCCUAGCUCGGGACGCCGAGCCCCCCGAACCGUCGGAGCCGUCGCAGCGCCGGCCCGCACACGAGGCCGCAGCUCUGGCCGCCGCGCGCGGCAGAGGAUCUCCGAAGCUGAUGGCGGGCCUGGUGGGCCUGCUGGGGCUCAGCGUCUUCUGCUGCCUGGGCGCGGUGCGUGUGGUCUUGGAGCAGAGCGUCACGGAGCUGCGGCAGAGCGUCAUCUCGCUGCGAGACGACUGCAGCAAGCUGCGUGCCGAGUGCCGGAGGCUUUCCAGCGAGGUGGUGGCUCGGGAUAGCGAGGUGCUCACGCGAGUGUUGCGGCAGCUCAGUGAUAUGCGCAACCUGCUGGACGGCGGCACGCUGGAGGAGGUGGCGCAGGCUGCGCAGCUUGCGCCGCUUGCGCCCGAGCCAAACCGUCGGACAGCGCGUGGCAAACCUGCAGGCGACAGCGCACGGGACAGCGCGCGCAAUGGAGACAGUGCUCGCAUGCGCACUAGCCCUGGCCGUGAGCGAGCUGUGGUGCGGCCCAUGUCCAGCUCCGUCUCAGCCCGGAAGAUCCAUCAGAGCCCCAAGCGCGAGAAGGCAGGCCCAGAGGCAGACGAGAAGGACGAGACGCUGGUCGAGAAUCGAGACCUGAGACAUGAGAACGAGGCGUUGGAAGUGCUGAUGGAAGAGGUGCACAGCUUGUUGGAGCAGUGGCGGAGGGCCUGGGCCCAUGCGAAGGCGCAGGGCGAGUCCGCCAACGAGGAAUUGAAGGAGCUACGUCGUCAGCGCGUGGAGCUGUCGCAGCGCCUCGAGGCGCUCAACGCCAAAGCAGAGCCGACUCCGUCGAAGGAGGCGGCGGGUGACGCCCGCGUCCCGGACAAAAGCUGCCCCGACCCGCCGGCGGCCUUGCCGGACGCUGGCGCUCUGGAAAGACUCCAAGGGGAGGGCGACAUGCUGCGAUCGCAGAAUGCGGAGUUGAAGGAGGCCAUUCACGCAGCUCGGGAGUCCUUGCUCCAGCGUCUGGACCGACACAAUGCCGAGAAUAUCGCGCUGCAAAUCGACAACGAGGAGCUUUGCGAGCUUUUGCAGGAGGUCCAUGACUUGGCAGACCGCUGGAAGCAAACUUGGCAUGCGACGCACUCGCAGGGGGUGGAAACGGAGAUCGAGGAGCUGCGGGCGCUGCGAGCCUUGCACCGGCAACGGCUCCUGGGGCUUUUGCCCAGCGAGGCGCAGCGGGUAUUGCCCGGCAAGGACCUGGAGUCUGUCGCCGGAUCACGGAGUUCCAGCUUGACGUCGCCGGAGCUGGUGCCAAACCUGGCGUGA